CCAGAGCGCCACAAGGACAGCACGCGUUGACUGUUUAGAAGUUUCCCAAUGGCGAAUUCCUUCUCUGAGGAGCUCCAGCAUCUCCUUAACCCGCUUCCAAAGUUCGCCGAUCCAGAGGACGACGAUGACGAGACGACCAAAGCCAAAGUCAGUGAUACUUUCAUUGAGGACGACCUCCUCGAAGAGGCGGCGGUCGGCCUCAGCGCCUUGCGGAGGCGGAACACGAUCAUGCUCGCCGAGACUGACGGCAAGUAUUCAGGGAAGGCCGUCUCCCGCAAACAGAUGCUCAUGGACAUGGAGGAAGAGCAGGACUACGACGACGACGACGAUGAUGAUGAUGAUGAUGAUGAUGAUGAUGAUUAUAACGAGGAGGAUUUUGAUGAAGACGAGAAGAAGAGCAGUAUUGAAGAGUUAGAGGAAGAUGAAGAGGAGGAAGAACAUGAGGAAAGUAGUGAUGGUCCUGAUGUCACACUUCCUCAAGGAGUUGACUUCCACAAACUGACGGAGGGCAUGGAUGACUUGGGAGUGAGCGAAGAGGAUGACAGUGGGGAGGAGUUGGAUGAAGAGGAUGAGAAUGAUGAUGAGGAGGAAGAUGACAAUGAAGAUGAGGUGGCCAUCUCCACUUUCUCCAAAGAGAAGGUGUCUGAGGAGGUGGAGAAAGGGAAGGCAGUGAGGAACCAGCUGGCACUCUGGGACCAGCUGCUCGAGGGCCGCAUCAAGAUCCAGAAGGUUUUGGUGAGUGCAAACCAGCUACCUCAGCCUGAAACGUUCCCUGAAUUCAGAAGAAGGGGCGGGGCAGAGCUGGCGGGGGCUGUGAAGAACACACACAAGGCCCUGAAGGCUCUUCAGAGGUCUCUGUUGGAGCUUCAUGACCAGCUGCUCGAGCAGAACUCUGACACCAGAACCGUCCUGCAGGGGGAUGACUGUGAUGAUGAGGUUGGUGAUGAAGAACGCAAACCCGCCAAACACAAACUAGACAUGGCUGACUACCCACAGUUGGCGGCCAAGCGUUUUGCCGCCUUCCAGCCGUAUCGCAACGCCACGCUGCAGAAGUGGCACGACAAAACCCGACUGAGCACGGGCAAGAGCGGCGGCUUUACGGCAUUCGAGCGGAACAUCGUCACCCAAGUGGAGCAGGUUCUGAUGGACAACGAACGGCUGGUGCGGCGCACUCAGACACGACGCUCCGAGUACCAUGUUCUUGGCAAGAGAGAGGCCUCAGACGCCGUCACUGCAGACGUGGAGGAGGCAGCUUCCCUGAAGGUGAACCUUCAUCUGAAGGACGUGAACGAGGACAUCUUUGACGACGACGACUUCUACCACCAGCUGCUCAGAGAGCUCAUCGAACGCAAGACGGGCGCCGUGGACCCCAAUGACCAGGUGGCGGCGGGCCGCCAGUGGCUGCAGAUCCAGAAGCUGCGCAGUAAGAUGAAGAAGAAGGUGGACACCAAGGCCAGCAAAGGUCGCAAAGUGCGCUUCCACGUGCAUGCCAAGCUGCUCAACUUCAUGGCACCCAUGGACCACAGCACCAUGAACGACGAGGCCCGCAGCGAACUCUACAGAGGCCUCUUUGGGGGCAGUGGCAUGGCCCGAGAGUGAAGGAGGCGUGGUCAGCUUGUCCUUAUGAGUAGAAAGAACACGUCAGCUCCUGUCGUGUGUGUGCGUGUGUAUGAGUUGUAACACGCAAACACAACAUGCUUGUCUGACACGUACGCAAUGAUUAAAUGAUUAGUUGUAUUUUGGAGGAUAAAUGUUAUUAUUGAACAACUACAGUCCUCUGAGAGUUGUUUUGAGCAGGAAACUAAAUGAGACACAAAAACAAUAUAAAACAAUCAACCAAGAAGUUAGUUUGACUUUGUGUUUCCUCUCACGUCCUUCAGUGUCACUUUACUCCUUAAAAAAGAAGACAAUUUAAUACACAUGACUUAAUUACACAUUAGCCUCAGUUGGUGGAGACAGCUGUAACAGUCAUUUGAGUACGUAAUAAGAAGAAAUACAGUGGAAGCUUGGUUAGUGUCAUUUUGUUCCAGAAUAUCAGACUCAAACCAAAACAGAUUUUCAGUUUUUCCCUUGAGAAAUAAUGUAAAUCCAAUUAAUCAGUUCCAGAAAACAAAAAUGUUAACACAAACAUGUUUUUAUAGUUUUACAUGCAGAAAACAAUUCUAAAUACAUAUUAUGAAUGAAAGGGAUAAAUGAACAUUUAAGGUUAUGCUUAGCUGCACUGAAGAUAUGGUUCCUGAGUGGCUGUUCCCAAAAACGUUAUUUGGCAACGAGAUCACCCACAGCCACCUUCCUGUUUUGCCUUGAAAUUGUGUCUGGGAAUACUCACAUCUUAAAUGAAUAUAAAGUAACCUUAAAUGUUAAUUUAUGCCUUUCAUUUGUCAUUUAUAUGCAUUCAGGAUUGUUUUAUUCGUUUAAAACUAAUUGUAAAACUCUAAAAGCGUGUUUUGUUUGAACAUUUUUGAGAGUCAACCCCUGAUGACAUCAUACUGUAUACAGGCGAUGUAGCUGACUUCCGGUUGCCAUUUUGUAAGAUAGCUAAUAGUAUACAACAAGGAAGGAUGUUUUGUGAUAAAAAAAAAAAACACAAUAACACAGUUGGUCAGUGUAUUAAUAACACGGCAAGAUGCGCACCAUAUUGUACGCUAACAUGAGAAUUCAUACAAACCGAGGCAAAAUUGCGACGUAAUUUUUUGACGUUAACCGAAAACACGCUAACCAAGGUGCCACUGUAAUAAAAGUAAAAACUGUUGUUCAAGGUAGCUUUCUUCAAAUGGCUCCAAAAGAGUGCAAACCGAUGAAGCUUUUUUUCUUAAAACUCUUUUGUGCUACAAUGCACAACACUCUGUGUGGAGUCAUUUUUGGGACAUAACACAAGAGGUGUAAGACCUGGAUAAAAGUUUGAAAUCCUCCACAAAAGAAAUAAGCUGAAGUCUUUUGUUUGGGAAUAAAUGUGCUUCUUUCAGUUUGAAGGAUGUGAUGUAUCAGUGGAUGCUGCAGCUGAGGCGCUUGGCUCAGAGUCAGCGUGUUGAGGUGAAAGAGCUUGUCCUCCGUGCAGAGUCUCCUCUAACUGCACGGUGGCCUGGGUGCUUCUGAGAGGUUUUUGUUGUCCGUCCCCAUCAAAAAUAUUUAAUUUGCAAAUUCUGCACACUGCUUUGUCGCCUUCACUGUUCAAGUACAACCAGAAGCUGCUUCCCUUUUGCUUCUGUCAUUUUGUACUUUUUUAUCCAUGUGCAUAUAUUGAAAUUCAGCAGUCUUGUCUCUCAGUCACUCUUGGUGUGUUCCUGUUAUGGUGGGAAUUUCGACUUUUUGGAGCAGGUUCCUUUGGCUCCUAAAUGGCUCCUCAGAUUAUUUUGUUUUGUAACAUAAAAUUAUAUCAAAUGUUUAUUAUUGAUAUGCGUCUGUGUAGGCUCUCAGUUGUACAGGAGUUGUCCAUCGAGAUUUCUCGGUAAUUUCUCAAUAUUAUUGAUAUGGCUUUAUUUUUUUAUGCUCAACAUGGAACAGAUUGCCACAAAAGAGAAAUGACAAAAUACAACAACAAAGACCCACAAAAAGUCCAAUGUAUUGUUUCCAGCUAUUUACAGUGAACCAACACAACAUCAACGGAACAUUAUACAACAAAAUAUAAAUUAAAAUGUGAAAAACUCAAAGACAAAGCAGCAUCCAG